CCUCCACACACCAGCAACCACAACCAGUUCGCUGGAUACGAGACGGCGCAUUCGACGGCAUCCUUGAGCCACAUUUGAAGCAACACAUUCGCCAUGGACUCGACAAUGGCCGCGCGGCCACGGCCACGGCCGGCUCACACCCAGGGAACUACGCGCUGCGCGUACACGAAAGACGGCUCGCGCCUCGUCACCGUUGGCUCCAACAACACGAUCCGCCUCUACAAGACAGGCUCCGACGGCGAGCCCAUCAACAUCGAUGACUGCCAGGAGCAAAAUGUCGCCAUGGCCGCGGGCGACGAAUUCUUCGUUGUCGGCUCCGAGGAUGGCACCGUAAGCCUCUACUCGCUCGCCACGGCCAACUUUGAGCGCUUCCUACUGCGCACGUCGCUGCCCAUUCGAGAUGUCGCCCUGUCGGCGGAUGGCAGGUGGUGCGCCGUGGCCAGCGAUGAGCUGAGCGUCAAGAUUGUCAAUACGGAAAACAUCACCGAGGUGAAGACGCUGCGCGAGCAUAACCGUGCCGCCAGACACGUUAGCUUCGAUCCCAAGGGCGUCCUCGCGACCGUCUCGUGCACUGACGGCAUCAUCUACGUAUACUCUCUGACUUCAGACGAGCCCGAACUGAUACGGAAAGUGGAUGGGAUCAUCGGUGCCGCCGAUGCCGAGUCCGAAGUGUCGACUCGAGCUAUCUGGCACCCUGACGGGAGGGCCUUUGCUGUGCCGACGCCGACGAGGGAUAUCCAAGUCAUCUCCAAGAACGACUGGGAAAAGCAGCGACGCUUUGCUGACGGUCACCUGGCUGACGUCACAUCUAUUUCAUGGUCUCCCAAUGGCGCAAUGCUGGCCACGGCGGGCAAGGACGGCAAGGUUCUCGUCUGGGAGACCAAGUCUCAGAGCGUCAUCCAGCGCUACGAUUACUCCAACGUCCUCGAUCUGGCAUGGCACCCCACGAACAACAUACUCUCAUUCACGACGUCGGACGGAGAGGUUUACAUAUAUCCCGACUUCUUGUCCGACCAGUUCUCACCCUUGCUCAAGCUGUCCAAGCAACCGGCGCCCUUCAUCCACGAUCCCCUCUCUGAGAUCUCUGGCAACAGACGGCCUGUGCCGCAGAAUGGCCCAAAAGAUCCAGGAUUACCGUCCAGACCGCGGCGCGAGUCAUUGGGGAGCCUCGACUCCUUCCUGGGUGAGCACGGUUACGAGGAUGAGGACGACUUCGUCGUUGAUGACGACGGUGCCGGAUAUACCACCGGCACCAAACGUGGCCGUGAAGAGGACGAAGAUCAUUUGGGGGAGCACUCGAGCAAGCGCAUGCAUCUAAUGAAGCCGCGCUACCAUGAAGCAUUUCAGCCUGGGUCGACGCCGUGGCGUGGAAACCGCAAAUACCUCUGUCUGAACCUCAUCGGCUUCGUUUGGACUGUCGACCAAGACGCUCACCACACCGUCACUGUCGAGUUCUAUGAUCACGAAUUCCAGCGCGAUUUCCACUUCACCGACACCUUUCUCUACGACAAGGCGUGCCUCAAUGAGCACGGCACACUCUUCUCCAGCCCACCAAAGGACGACAGCCCGGCCUACCUAUUUUACCGUCCCCACGAGAGCUGGACUCAGCGUUCCGACUGGAGGACAGAGCUCCCCAAAGGCGAAACAGUGAUGGCCAUGUCCUUGAGCGAGUCAUUUGUGACAGUCACCACGAGUGCCAACUAUGUGCGAGUCUUCACACUGUUCGGUAUGCCGUAUCGGGUGUACCGCCCUAAAAGCGCACCCAUGGUGACGUGCGCCAGCUUCAGGGACUACGUCCUUACGGUCGGCAACGGGCCUGUCGGUGCGGAUGGAACUUCGCGCCUCCUGUACAGCAUUGAAAACGUGAAGCGCGAUGAGAUUUGCCAGAACGAAGACACAGUGGCUCUUCCAGAGGGCGCCACGCUCAAGAGCGUGUUCUUCUCUGACCAAGGGGAUCCAUGCAUAUACGACUCGACAGGCACCUUGCUGACGCUGCUUCAUUGGCGGCAACCAUCGCGAGCAUCAUGGGUGCCGUUGCUGGACACCAAGCUAUUACCGCGUCUCGCGUCGGGACGAAAACUCGAGACGUAUUUUCCCAUUGCAGUUGCCGACGGCAAGUUUCACUGCAUCAUCCUCAAGGGAGGAGACCAAUACCCCUACUUCCCGCGACCGUUGCUCUCCGAGUUUGAAUUCUCCGUCCCGCUAGGAUCUCCGCUUAUGGAGAAGGCACGCAAAGAAGGCGAGAACGGGAGCGGAGAUGAGGACCGCAUGCGAGACGAUGAAGACGAGAGCGGUGACGAGGACGAGGGUGAGAAGGAGAGGAGGCGGCUCGAGCAGGAGUUCAUGUUGAAGGACGUGCUGGCCGCGCAGCUCCGGGACCGCGUCGACGCCGGCAGCGGCCACGGCCAGCGGUCGCUGCUCUCGCGCGUCGAGCUCGAAAUUGACAAGACGCUGCUGCAGCUGCUGGCGGUUGAGUGCCGCGAGGGCGAGGACAGGGGCAUGCGGGCGCUGGAAAUGGUGGGACUGAUGCGCGACAGGACGGGCCGCAUGAUGGAGGCGGCCGGCAAGGUGGCCGACCGGUACGGGCGAUCGGUGCUGGGCGACAAGAUUCGCGAGCUCGGCGAGAAGAGGGUGGCCGGGAUGCAGGACGACGACUUUUAAGCACCCCCCCCUUCUUUUCUUUCAUGCUCCCCUUUUCGCCUUCUCUCAAUCAAGC